UUUGGCUCGAGGAUCACCGGCACUGCCAACGUGCGGACAUGUUUGCACCCACUGCAGAAUCGGUCUCAUCAUCCUGCUUCUCGCAGAAGCAGUGCGAGACAGCCGUUUCCUCGUCAAAGGCCGUGCCGCUAGCGUACACGCUUUACGAACCGCAGGAUGCUGGGUCGACCAAAGCGCCGCCUAUCAUAUUCCUGGACGCUAUCCUCGGUGUUAGGAGUAGUUGGAGCGAGCUUUCGCAGGCCAUCGCUACUCAAACGGGACGAAAUGUGUACGCUGUGGACGCACGCAACCAUGGAGAUAGCCCGCACGUACCAGAUUUGGACUACGCGCUCAUGGCCGCCGAUGUCGAGCUCUUCAUGCGUGAUCACGGGCUGCCAAGAGCUGCCUUCGUCGCCCACAGCAUGGGCGGCCGGACGGCGAUGCGCCUCGCCCUCACCAAGCCGUGCCUGGUCGAACGCCUAGUGGUGGUGGACGUCGGCCCGUGCUCGGUGCCGGCCAUCGUGGGUAACUACUUCUUACCGCAGCAGCUGGACGCCAUGGAAGCCGCCCUGCCGAGACUCUCUCCACACCUGAGCUUCGACGAGGCCUACCGAGAGGCAGACCGCAUAUUCGCUGGCAGAGCGACUCUCGAGAACCCGUCCAUACGCUCGCUCUUACUGGCCAACCUGUGGCGGAACGGGGACCGCUACGACUGGAAAGUGAACGUCAAGGACGUCAGGAAAAGCAUCGGGGGGCUGGUGCGCGCAGAGGACCUCAAGGGCCUCACGUCACCCGACGUCGACGCGCUGUUCAUCUGCGGAGGGCUGUCUCCAUACGUCUCGACUGCCGAGCACGGGGCGAUCCGGCGCGCGUUCCCCAAGGCCCGCAUCGUGAGCGUCGAAGGAGCGGGCCACUGGGUCCACCGGGACAAGCCCGCGGCUUUCCUAAGACUCGUCAAGGACUUCAUGGCGCAGCAACAAUAAAUUAUGCCUCGGCCAUCCAC